UUGCACGUUCAGUUUGUACACGCUGAUUACAUCAUGUGUGUGAAAAAAAAACAAAUCAUGCGUGUGGAUCGCAGAGCAGUGCAAGACGAGCAUUCGUGGUUAAAAAGUAUAUAAAUUUUUAUUUUUUUUAGAAAAUGACCGAUCAUUUUGCUAGAUAAGACCUUUAUUCCUCGUCUGGGAUUGUGUAGAGUCCUUUGAAGCUGCACUGAAACUGACAUUUAACCCGUUGAACCCCAGUGAAGUCCACUAUAUGGAGAAAAAUCCUGGAGUGUUUUCCUCAAAAACCAUGAAGCUUAGAAUCUUUACAAAUCUUUUGUUUCGAAUCAGUGGUUCAGAGCGUGUAUCAAAUUGUCAAAGUCACGCCCCCGAGUGGUGAACCAUUGAAAUUUCGAAACACUUAUGAUGUAAUGAAGCCUUGUUUACUGAAAUCACGUGACUUUGGCAGUUUGAUACACGCUCCGAACCACUGAUUCGAAACAAAAGAUUCGUAAAGCUUCGAAGCUUCAUGAAGCAGAGUUUUGAAAUCGGCCAUCACUAGAUAUUGUUGAAUAAAGUCGUUAUUUUGUUUUUCUGCCGCACAAAUUUUUUUCUCGUUGCUUCAUAACAUUAAGGUUGAACCACUGUAGUCACAUGAACUGUUUUAAAUAUGUCUUUAGUAACUUUCUGGGCACUGAAAGUGUUAAUUAUCUUGCUGUCAAUGGGGGCCUCACUGAGCCAUCGGAUUUUAUCAAAAAUAUCCUAAUUUGUGUUCCAAAGAUGAACGAAUGUCUUACGGGUGUGGAACGACAUGAGGGUGAGUAAUUAAUGACAGAAUUUUCAUUUUUGGGUGAACUAAGCCUUUAAGUACAUGUCAGAGCCCAUACUUCUUUACUUUAACUUGAGUAAAAAAGUGUAGUCUGUACUUCAAUUUUUACCAGUCUUUUUAUACAUGAGUAUCUGUACUUCUACUUGACUGAAGGAUGUGUGUAUUUUUGCCAUCUCUGCAAAGUACUGUUUACAAUUAGUAAACUCCUCCCACAGGAAUUUCAUCCACUUUAAAUAACAAACUCAAAUUACACACUUUCUGUACAGUAGUUUUUAACACAUUUUUAUUUAUUUUUUUUAAUUUAUUUUUUUAUAUAUAAUCCUUUUCAGUCUGAAUGCCACGUCUUCCAUUUUAAUUUAUUUAUUUAAAAACAGUGUCAAAAUUGUCACAAAUGUUGUUUGAGUUGGAGUUUCUUGUGCUCAAAUCCCUGUGGAGGGGAGCAGCCAAUUUUGCAAACCACAUUCCUCCACAUUCGUAACACUCCUUUAACCCAAGGGUUUUUAACCUUUACAGACUUUCUCAGUGCCACUUUAUAGGAACUUUCAUGAAAAAAUAUUAACACUAUCACAUACAUUAUAACAUUAACAAUAACUUACUAUUACCACAAUAAUUACUAUCACUAGUCAUCAUGAAUUUGGAAGAAUCAUCACAAACUUAUGGAGUCCUUGCAGCUCAAGUUAUUUAAUGUAAAAUGGAAAAUAUCUCAAAUUUGUAUGCUAAUCAUAUAAUUUGUAAUUAGUACAUUUUAAUAAUAAAAAAAGAAAACAGAACCAUUUUCACUAAUGCUCUCGAACUUUCAAAGCCACACUACAUACUGUAUUUCUGCAACUUUUGCUGUCCCAGCCACAUCUCAUCCUUCCUGUCUGUCCUUUCAUCCGCGCGCAUCAAGUCAUCACUCAUUCAGAAAUGAAGGCUGAGUUCGCACGCCUGCAUGGGAUGGGGGUGUGUCAUCGGUCGUGAUGUCAGAGCGCAAGGACUCUCAUGAUUGGCUCUAAUUAGAAUCUGCGGCAGCAAAUAGACACGCGUCUUGCAUGAUUGGAUUCAAAGUGGCUGGUGCCAAAAAGCGCAGAGGCGCAGGAGCUCCAGACGCGCGCUCUCACGCGGGAGGAGGACGCGGCGGUCCGCUAAGCUCAAAACACAGUCAGACAGACGAGCGGCACUUUUAGCUGGUUAUCAAGAGCGUAUUAGAAGAGUGUGAGACGGAAUAGGGCGAAGCUGAUAUUCCCGGAGCGUUCCGCGUGCGCAACUGCAGCAGAGCAACUUCAGAAACAUCAAGCAGAACAAGUUCUCCAAAAUCUGAGCACCAUGGCAUCGGUCCCGAGCAGCCAAGUCAAAUGCAAGUUCAAGAGGAGGAGGAGGAGAAGGUCCAAGCGAAAAGAGAAAAUGAACAUGUUGUCUGCACUGAUUGCCCCCUUCAAGUACAUCAGCCCAGCGGCCAAUGGCACAGAAGAUGAGGACACAUUGAGCACCAGCAGUGCUGAGGUCAAGGAGAACCGUAACACAGGAAACCUGGAGGAUUGUGCCAUUGUUCCGUCAGACUGCCAAACACUCUUCCUGUCCGAUUCGCCCAGGGACGGGGCACCCGGCCUCAAGCGAAAGCGGCCUUUGGAGGAGGACAACAACGGACACUUGCGCAAAUUGCGUCUGUACUGCAAGAAACUGGCAUGGUCCGAUGCACCAAAGAAUGCCCUGGUCCAGUUGAACGAGCUAAGACCAGGUCUACAGUACCGGAUGGUCUCUCAGACAGGACCGGUGCAUGCGCCGGUCUUUUCCAUUGCCGUAGAAGUCAACGGACUCACAUUCGAGGGCACCGGCCCUACGAAGAAGAAGGCUAAGAUGAAGGCUGCCGAAAUGGCCCUAAAGUCAUUCAUCCAGUUUCCCAACGCCUCUCAAGCUCAUUUGGCCAUGGGCGGCCUGAGCAACCCUGCCGCCGACUUCACCUCGGACCAGGCCGAUUUCCCUGACACGCUGUUCAAAGGUUUCGAGGCUGACGGCUGCCGCUCUGCCGAGAGUGAGUUGCUGUCUAGCGCGCUUCGUUUGCGCCACACGUUGGACUUGAUGGUUGUACAGGCCAGGCAAGGAGAUCCCUGCCUUCCCCCACCUCCAGUUCCCAUGCCCCAACCCAGUCCCGUCGUCCUGCUCAAUGACCUGCGGCCCGGCCUGCGAUACGCCUGCCUGUCGGAGCGUGCCCAGGGCAAACGGGCACACCGCAGCUUCGUCAUGGCCGUUCGAGUGGACGGCAGGAUAUUCGAGGGCUCGGGUCGCAGUAAGAAGCAGGCGAAGAGGCAGGCGGCUCUGUGCGCCCUGCAGGCGCUCUUCAACUUCAGGCUGGCUCCUGAGGCGAGAGCGGGACACCGGCCCAGUAGGAUCAAAUGCCCUCAUUUGCCCCAGGAGUUUGCAGAUGCAAUAUUCCACCUGGUGCGAGAGAAAUACACAGAGCUGGCCGGCUGCUCCUCACUGCUACACGCGCGUCACAAAGGCCUGGCGGGCAUCGUCAUGACCAGAGGUGUGGAUCUGAGACAGGCCCAAGUGGUGGCGUUAUCAACCGGCACUAAAUGCAUUAACGGAGAAUAUAUCAGUGACCAGGGCCUGGUGGUCAACGACUGCCAUGCUGAAAUCACGACUAGACGAGCCCUGCUGCGGUUCCUGUACUCCCAACUAGAGUUACACCUCAGCAAAAGGAAAGAGGACUGGGAACAGUCGAUCUUCGUACGGCACAAAGACUCCUGUUUGAGACUGAGAGAAAAUGUCCUCUUCCACAUGUACAUCAGCACCUCACCCUGCGGGGACGCCCGUGUGAACUCGCCGUAUGAAAUCACCUCGGACUUGCAAAGCAACAGACACUUGGUGAAGAAGUUUCACAGCCACCUUCGGACGAAGAUUGAAUCAGGGGAGGGGACACUGCCCGUGAAGUCCGCAGGGCCCGUUCAGACGUGGGACGGUGUCCUUCAAGGAGAACGUCUCAUCACCAUGUCAUGCACUGACAAGAUUUGCAGGUGGAAUGUGCUCGGCCUGCAGGGGGCGCUGCUCAGUCAUUUUGUGGAGCCGGUAUAUCUGUACAGCCUGACGGUGGGCAGCCUGAGACACACGGGUCACUUCUCUAGGAUGAUGAACCACAGGCUGGAGAGAGUCGGCCCUCUGCCCACCUGCUACCGCCGUAACCAGCCUUUACUCAGCGGCAUGAGCAACAGUGACUGCAGGCAGCAGGGGAAGUCUGUGUGUUACAGUGUCAAUUGGACGGCAGGCGACGCCCAGCUGGAAGUGCUCAACGCGUCUACUGGAAAGAGGAGGGACUCCGGAACUCCGUCCAGACUUUGCAAGCAUGCGCUUUUUGCACGUUGGAUCAGACUCUAUCGCAAGCUGGUGGUCCGUGGGGCGAGUGGUAUGCCGUUGUACUGUGAAGCGAAGCAGGCGGCCGGCACCUACCAGACUGUGAAGCUGCAGUGGUUGAAGGGUCUACAGGAAGCAGGAUUAGGGACCUGGGUCAGAAAACCUCCCGAGCAGGAAAACUUCACUCUGACUGUAUGAAUGCUGAAGCCUAACCUGGGCGUAAUCGUCCCCUUGUCACCAAAACCAACUUCACCCGCUGUCCGGUUGCCACAGAAGCCCUUUCUCACCCUAAAGUCAACAACAUCCCACUGCCAAAAAAUCUCUGCAGGGAGAUGACAAGAGUUGCGACUAGGUGGUAAACCUUGCUCUGUCAAACUCUCACAAAAUUUGCAUUUGUUGCUACCAAGGUAAGGGUGAGGUAUGGAAGCAUUUUGUACCUUGCCUUUCAUAGCUUCUGAAGUGAAGGGUAUGGUUAGCGAAAUCAUUUAUCCCCAAACCAGUAAAGCCCAAACCCCGCCCCACAGGAGAUGUCAGUCACAAUGCUGAUUAUUGUUAUUGAGUGGACCAAUAAAAUCGACUCUUGGGAUUUGCGAAAAAAAAUCACGCAAUACAGUUAAAUUACCCUUAUGAAAAAUAACCGUGGUUUUAUUAUGGUAAAAGUGUAGUAACCAUGUUUUUUUUUUGGCAGAUUGAUUACCAUUUGUGACCCUGGACCACAAAACCAGUCAUAAGUCACACGGGUAUAUUUGUAGCAAUAGCCAACAAUACAUUGUAUUGGUCAAAAUUAUAGAUUUUUCUUUUAUGCCAAAAAUCAUUAGGAUAUUAAGUAAAGAUCAUGUUCCAUGAAGAUAUUUUGUAAAUUUCCUACCGUAAAUAUAUCAAAAAUUAAUUUUUGUGAGUGGAUAUACAUUGCUAAGGACUGCGAUUUUCUCAAUAUUUAGAUUUUUUUUGCACCCUCAGAUUCCAGAUUUUCAAAUAGCUGUAUCUCAGCCAAAUAUUGUCCUAUCCUAACAAACCAUACAUCAAUGGAAAGCUUAUGUAUUCAGGUUUCAGAUGAUGAAACUGACACUUAUGACUGGUUUUGUGGUCCAGGGUCACAUUUGUACAACCUCAGUUUUACCACAAAACCAUGGUUAAGCUAUGGUUAGUGUAGCAAAACCGUGGUUCAUUUGUGGUUACAGUACCAUGGUUUAACUACAAUAACCAUGUUUUUUUUUUUUUUUUGUAAAACCAUUAUUUAUUUUUGUAAGAGUAAUGUUUGUGCAUCAUAAAAAGCCAGAUUACAUCCAUACCAGAUUUCAAGAUUGACAUCUUAUUCUAGCUAAUCAAAAAAACUUUUCUCAACCAGUUAGCGCUAUGCUAAGCUAAUAAGCUAUGCUGUUUGUUUGCUAAAUAAAGCUAACUGAAAACACAUGAAAAGUUUCAUUUUUAGCUGUGAUAAUAUGUGAUAUUAUUUAAAAGGCACUAAAUAGCAAAUUUUCAUAAUUAAGAACAAACACAACAUAAAAUGAUUUUCUAGCAUUUCUAAUCAGGCUCAGGAUAGAAUACCCAUAAAAAGUUAUCUCUGACAGAAUUGUUUUGAUGUCAAAACAGGAAAGGAUUUUACAGGACAUCGACAGCAAUGGAUUGCCUACAUAUUUCCGCUAAAAUCUGUUACGCAAGCUUCUGAUAUAGUAUUCUCCCAUAGCAAGAAAACUCUUCUGUCAUAUUUCAAAUAACUGCUGAUCACCGUAUAUAUUACUAUAGUAAACAUAACAUUUUAGUAUAUUAUAUUAAACCAUAAUGUUUAAAUAAUGAGUUCCAGAAGCUUUAAAAACCUUUAGUGUGAAGGUGGAUUGCUUUGUCCUGUCGUGCAACACUUCAAGAUUUAAUUUUUGUAAAUUUUGCUUCAUUUUCUCACAAAUUACAUACACUGUGCUGGAAGCCACUGAGGCUAAAUGCGGAAACGACUGUGUCUAUUAUGACAUGUUGAUAACCACAGAAAAUAAUUUGGAUUUGUCCCCCAGUAUUCAAAAACUGUGGUUACAGUAACACACUUGGGUAGUUUAGAGUUAGCUUUUGGGGGAGCUCUGGGAAAUGUAGCUCUCGCGAGACUUUUGGCAGAACGAGGUUUACCAGCGACGUGAUCGACAACGAGGGAAAAUGUGAGAAAUGGGGACAAUUUUUUUCACAACACAGCAGAUGGAAAGAUGGCCACCUUUCUCUCACUCCACUGACGGCUCUCCUGUAGCCGUCAUUCAAACCUGUGUAUGUGUGUUAACCUUCGCCAAAGUGAAAGGCAGCCGCCGUCUUGUCAUUAUCUGCCCGUUUCCGGAUGGCCUGCCCCUGAAGAGCUCCGACACGCUGUCCAAUUAGAGGUCCUGUCAGAAUGAUGCGUCCCUCAUUUUCCUCUCUCUCUCUCCUUUGCCUUUGGUUCAUUGGUACAAUGAGAAAAAAGAAGGAACAAAAAAAACAGUAGGGUUUGACAUUGCAAAGACAGGUUAAUUCAGCUCCGUUUUGGGUGUGCAGGCUAGAGGUAAUGGUGACGAGCUAAUGUAAAUGGUGCCAUUACGACACCCCGGGUCUCUUGCCGUUUUUUGAGUUGGUACAGCUUGCUGCUUUAAUACCUCAAUCCCGCUCACAGGUGGCGUGUCAUUUCUCUUUGUGUGUCAGUGCUGUAUCUUUACACAUGGUGUUCUGGGCAGAGACCUGCAUGAAAAGAAAGGGAAACGUCGCCGGUUUGAUGUAGACACAAAAGGCGAAAAUGGAGUUAAGAGUGCGAGUAGAGAUCCGUGAUUAUGGAGUAAUUUGUAGUUAAUGGAUUCAUUUACAAACCAAGCACAUUACAAAUGGCUUUGUAAAGCCCUGACCCAACCUUUGAAACGCAUGCCACUUUACCAGAGGUUUAACCAAUGAUUCUCCUGCAUUCGUUUAUUUCAUUUACAGAUACUUCUCAUUCAUGUCUGAGUCUUUAGAUUUACGUUUUUUGUUUUAGCAUGCAUAUUUUAACCUCAAUUUAUUUGAUCAAGUUAUUACUAUUCAUCUGUAAAGAUGUUUAUUGUUGUAUACCAAUACAGUCACACUCCAUGAUUAUUAUAUUUUGAUUUACAACACUUUAAUUGUUGAUUCCUUUCUUUGCAUAGUUUGUCAUUGCAUAAUUUGUUACUCAUGUAUUCUUUAAUAAGCUUUCAGUAUAUAUUUUCAAAUGCCACUUUGUCAACCCUUGCUGAGAUGUCAUGUGGCCACCCUUCACAAACAGCUCAAGAUGUUACAGGGACACCUAGUGGUGGAAAAUAUAUUUUCAAGUCUCACUCAGACCCGUUUAGUGUCUCACCUGAUGUUAUAUAUUUUUUUAAAUGAUAAUGAAUCUAUCCAAGAUUAAAUGUGAUAAACUUUGUACCCAUAGAAAUAUGUUAUCAAUAGAAAGAUGAUGAAACUGACCGUUCAAAGACUCAACAUUACCUUUCUUCUGCCUAUUUCUGUUAUCUAUUUAUUUUUUUUAAUUCCCAGUAAUUGCUCAAAGGAUUAAAAAGAUAUGGUUCAUGGCUAUUUUCACCACAGUUUGAAAUUUCCAUAACUUGAAAGACUGUUAAUGCACGUUUCUUUCUUUUUCUUUUCUUUUCUUUUUUUCCAACAUUCAUUUUAUGUUUGAGUUGACCGUUUUCUUCAUCACACCAGAAACAUGAAAAACCCCGGACAAACCUACAUCAAGUAAUUCAGUCGUAAGGCAUGAUUGAAUGGCAAUAUUGUACUAUUGACUGUACAUUUUGUAAAAAUUUGUAGAAAAAAUAAAGAAAAUUAAAAGAAUAACCUUAAGAUCUCUCAAUAAAGUGUAAAUUUUAACCCAAAAGCAUAUGCUGCUAAGGUCUGUACAUUGCACUUGAGUAAAAAGUGAAUGUUUAUGUGAAUAAAAACAAAAAUAAUCA